CUGCCAACUCCUGCUCUCCUCUCCGGCGGGAUUAUCCGACCAGCGAUGGCGACGUUAGAAGAAAUUACCCAACUCAUCUCCGGGUUGGCCCUGCAGCUGAAAGCCCAGCCGCCGACUGAGGAAUGUGAACAAAGUUCUUCUCUUGACUUGUCUAUUGCGAAGCUCACUCAGUCCCUCAACCUCCACGACGACGACGGCGCUUCAACGUCUAGGGUUUUGGACACCGCUCUGUCACUUAUGUGCUUCAAGGCACCGCAGGUGUUCGAUUCUGUUCUCGAGUAUACUGUGAAGACGAUUGCCAGCGUGUUGUCUUCGUCGGUAGGCUGUAAGGUCUUUCGGCUAGGGAAAGAAGAUGUUCUUCGUGUAGGGAGCUCGAUUUCUCGUCGUGAUUGCUUUGAUCUGAUUGAUGUCGUUGGUGGUGAUACCCUGUCAGACUUGGAGGAGCGCGGUGUGCCUUCUCGUUUGCUAUUACAUGCUCUCCUUAGAGCUGCUGUGUCCGCACCAAGCUGUAGAUAUUUGGACCCAUCAAUGGUGGUUUUGGAUGCUGACUUGAGUGCCAGAAGAAGCAUUGCUGCCUCGAAGCUAGUCUCACACUUGCCUGUAGAAUUGUCUUCUGUGAAGGAUAAAGUACCACUAAGGUUGUUGCUCUGGUUUCUUGAUCCACUGAUCUUAAAGCGUGAUAUUUCGGAGAUGUUGCAAGAAACUAUGAAUAGGCCUUUCCUUUCUUUACCCAAGGAACUUCAUGAAAGGAAGGAUUGGCACUCUAUUCUUAUAUGCUUGGUACUUUCUCCUGCUAUGUUCACUGCUACCAGAGCUUUAUUGCAUGAUUGGUUCCUGCUUACGGGCCUGAGAUCUAUACUGCAACUUCUGAUUGAUUUAGUUUCGGUAGUCUUGGACGUAAUAUCCAUACCAACAAGGUGGGGCAUAUCAAUGGAAUUGGGAUCAAAGCUUCCAUUUUCGAGUGCAUAUUAUCCUUACAACAAUGUUUGGCUUAGGUCUUUAGCCGGACCAAUCUCUAGUGAAGGUCUCCUGCAAAUAGUUAACUGGAUCAUUGACUUCAAACAGCCAGGUCCAUCAAUCAACCCAUCUGCAGCUAAAGUUGCAUUUUUAGAUCACAAAUCUCUGUGGUCCCUGGCUAUUAGCUUCCCAAGUUGGUUCUAUUUUGCCUCUGUUCUAGUAUUUGCUGACAAAAGUUUCAAAGAGGUGUUAUAUUUAGAAGGAACAGUAGGCGAAAAUGCAGCUGUUAGAUACCUUGCAUGGAUUUUGAACCCUUUUGAUAAAACUCGUCAAGAUCUACUCUCUGGUAAUCUAAUCAAGUUAGCACGGCAUUGGACUUCGAAACAAGUUGUCUCCAGUGUGCAGGAGACACGUACACUCGGGUUAAAGAGGAGACUUAAGAAACCCAAAGUCGAUGACAUAAGCAAGGAGGGGUUCACUUUUGGGAAUCAGCAUGGUUGUCAAGCAAUCAGCCUUUGGCUCCAGGAGUACCAGAAUACAGCCUAUGAAUGUGAUUUUGACCCACAAGUCAGCAUGUUUUUCAGGUGGAUACCAUUAGGCAUCUUUACUGGCUGGUGUUCAAGUGACAUAAAUGAAAGUGGAUGUGAGUUUCUCUUACACUAUGCAGCCACUGGUACCAUGUUACAUUCAGUUCGACGGAAUGAAGGGUUCGCUAUGAAGGAUGCUAUUGCUGGGGCGAGUCUCGUCUUCAACUUGACUGAUAUUGUUGACAGGAUGUCUGAAUCACUGUUUGAGACUGUAUGUAUUGCAGACAGUUAUAUUUGCAAGGUGAAAUCAAGAACUGCGAGAUACUUGAUAAAGUGUGUGCAGAGAUUAACCCAGCCUGACGCCAGCGAAGUUGCUGGAGUUCAAACGCUGUUGGAUCUUGUUAGCAGACUGGAGAAGUGGAGAACCCAAGGUCAAGAAGUAGCACUUAUUGAGGCAGAACUGGAGAAUGCCAUACAUGUCCUCAAGUCUAAAUUUUCUUCUACUUGAAGCACAUAUUGUGAAGU